AGAAGAAGCAGAAGAGGAAGAAUAAACCGAAGAAAAGAAGAAGAAGAAGAAAAAGAAGAAGAAGAAGCAGAAGAGGAAGAAUAAACCGAAGAAAAGAAGAAGAAGAAGAAGAAGAAAGAAGAUGGCGUCGUGUCUCCUCCGGGCCGCGGGGGGCAGCAGCACCGCAGUACCGCGGCUCCUGUCUCUGAUGUCGGUUCUGGUCGGAGAGUUUUCGGCUCGACUCGACACUGAAACUCUUCAGACUCUUUAACAGAGAAAACUCUGAGCAUGUCGUCAGAACCGAGCCGUCACCGCUGAGGUUCGUUUCUGGAUCUGGAGUGGCGGGAAAAUUCAAGAUGUUUGCGAUGAUCCAGGAGAGCGAGGAGGAGCGGAGGGAGGUGGGCUGCCAGUGGGAGAGUCCGGAGGAGGAGCGGAGGGAGGUGGGCUGCCAGUGGGAGAGUCCGGAGGAGGAGCGGAGGGAGGUGGGCUGCCAGUGGGAGAGUCCGGAGGAGGAGCGGAGGGAGGUGGGCUGCCAGAGCGACUCAGCAGAGAGGAGAGACGCUGCUGUCCAGGUGGACCUGCUGAAUCAGCAGCUCAGCUGGAGACACACAGGUGUGUGUGGCGUGGCGUGGCGGUGUGUGUCUGUCAGAGCAGAUGAACCAGGAGGGGGUGCUCUGCUGCAGCACUGCAGGACACACCAUGGCCCCCCACUCAGACACACUCCGCUACCCACAAUGCCUCUGUUCCAAUCGCCUGCACCGCCAGAGACCACCUCGUUACCCAGCAUGCCUCUGUGUGAGCCGCUUCUCCUGCUGCCCCCUGCAGAUGUCUCAGCUCCUCCUUCUGGACUUAUCGCUCCUCUGAGCCCCCACCUGGCUGAGGAGGUAGAGGUGGAGGUGGAGGGUGGAGUUAUUGACACAGAACAGGUGCGAAGGCCGAGGAGGAAGAGGGUCGGUCCACCAAUCAGAUAUCUGCUAGAGUCUGAAGGACAGUCACAUGGCCUGUCAGUGGCCAAUCACAGCAGGGGAAUGACGGUGAUAGAGAAGGAGGAGGAGGAGAAAGAGGAGGUGGAUGUGGAUGGAGUUAAACCUGUGAAAACAGCGGACACAGAGCAGGCAGGGAGGCCGAGGAGGAAGACUGUCGGUCCACCAAUCAGAUAUCUGCUUGAGUCUGAGGAGCAGUCACAUGGCCUCUCAGUGACCAAUCACAGCAUAGCAAGGGGAGCAAAGGUGAAAAUGAAGCCAGGGAGGCUGAGGACAGAGCACCAGGAGGAGGAGGAGAGGAGAGGGGUGGAGCUCUGUCAGGUGUGUGGUCUGACCUUCACCUGUGAGUCGUCCCCGCAGCUCCACCUGUCCGUCCACAGAGCAGGAAGCUGCAUCACCAACGCUUCACUUCUGCACCAUCACCACCACAACAAACAGGAGGUGAACACCAACAGUGAUGGAGAGAGGAUGGAAAGGAGAGACGAGGAGGAGUUGAAGACCCUCCUCCCUGUUCCCACAAAGGCUUCUGAUUGGCUGAGAUGCAGAAAGCGUAUGCGCAGAAAUCCGCGGUGGUGGGUCGACUUCUGCACUACAAUGAGGAGGAGACGGCAGGAGCGAGCUGGAGUGUGCGGGAGGAAGAGGAGGAGGUGUCGAGAGGAGGAGGAGCAGGAGAAAGGAGGAGGAGGAGGUGGGGAAGAAAAGGUGGAGGAGCAGCCUCAGAGGCCGAGGAGGACCAGGGUCGGCCCACCAAUCAGAUACCUUCUGGAGUCAGAAGAGCUGUCACAUGGGCCAAUAACAACCAAUCAGGGCAGACCAAGGGGAUGGAGGGAAGGUAGAAAACCACAGAAGAAGAUCAAUGCUGAGGGCGGGGCGUCAGAGAGACACAAGACCCUCCUCCCAGCGUCCAAGAAAGCUACUGAUUGGCUGAGACACAGAGAGCUUGUGCGCAGAAAUCCACAGUGGUGGGUCGACUGCCGAGCCACGAUGAAGAGGAGACGGCAGGACAGGGAUGGAGCGAGGGGGAGGAAGAGGAGAAGGUGCAGAGAGCAAGAGGAGGACACCGAGGUAAAGGAGGAGAUAAAGGAGGAGAAGGUGAAACAAGUCUGUCUGAAGGAGGAGGGAGGAGGCGAGGAAGACAAGGGAGGAGAAAACGAGGCUGAGGAGGAGAAGAGACAGACAGAGGUGAAAAAGGAGGAGGAGCACCCUCAGAGGCCGAGGAGGACGAUGGUUGGCCCUCCAAUCAGGUACCUGCUGGAGUCAGAGGAGAUGUCACAUGGGCCGCCAACAGCCUAUCAGGACAGAGCGGGGGAUUUUAAAGAGGGUAGAAAACCACAGAAGAAGCGCAAGGUGGGGGGCGGGGCCUUAGGUGAUACAGCAAUGACUGACAGGCCUGAGGACACAGACAGGCAGGUGGAGAGACAGAUGGGUCUGACCAAUCAGGACAGAUUGGAUGGACCCAAUGAAAGAGGAGGAAGUCCAAACAAGGUUAUGAUUCACAAGGAGGCUAGGGGCGGGGCUUCGGAGAUGACUGACAGAGCUACACCUGUCUCAGACAGACAGACGGGUUCAUACAGACGGUCGUACCUGGUGUACAUCAACCUGCAGAGCAGUCAGGUGACCGUUCUCUCCCCCUGCUGUGUCAGACUGCAGCGGCUCCCUCUGAUUGGUUGACUGUGUUAUUAACAUGUGAUACAUGUUUGUAUCUGAUGUGAGAACAGCUGAAUGGUCCUUUAAACUGUCAUGACAAGAUGAAAGGAUAAGAUUUACCUCAUUGUUGUGGCUUUGUUUUUGUUAAUCCAGAGUUCGUUUUUAUUAGUUUCUUUGACACCAACAUCCCCACGCCACGCUGCGCCUCGCCACGCUGCGCCUCACAUCGCCGCGGCACGCUGCGCCACACACCUGACCUGAGCACAUUAACACCACACUUUAUUUUGUUUUUAUUAAAGGCAUGUAUUUGUGAUCA